AUACACAUACACGCGUGCGUUUGCAGGACUCCUGUCAUGGCUGGAGGUUUGUUUACGAUCGACAGAAGUUAUUUUGAAGAGAUCGGAACGUACGACGAACAGAUGGACGUGUGGGGAGGAGAGAAUGUAGAGAUGUCAUUCAGGUCGUGCUAUGCACCCUUGCUGUCAGACGCCAAAGCUAAGCGGUAUAGAGACACAGACGUUAGUUCAAGAAUUGAGAUUCGUGAGAAACUACAGUGUAAGAGCUUCAAGUGGUACUUAGAGAAUAUUUAUCCGGAGAACUUUCUGCCAGUGAAUUAUUUGACGUUUGGGCAGAUAAAGAAUGCAGCCGUAGGGAAGUGCCUAGAAGGAACGUACGGUGUGCACGGAGCCCAGGCUAAACUCUCUCUCAAGCAGUGCGGCAUCGGAGACAUCAACAGUCAGUUGUAUAUCUACACUAACCAGAGAUUAAUU